UAUGAAUAACUAUCAUAUUUAUGACGAGAUAGGGAAAGGAAAGUAUUCUGUUGUAUAUAAGGGAAGAAAGAAGAAGACUAUUGAAUAUAUGGCAGUAAAAUCAUUAGAAAAGAGUAGACGUACUAAACUUUUAAAUGAAGUAUGAAUUUAUUUGAAUCUUUAAGGUUAAAAUGUUUUCUGGUUUAAAGCAUCCAAAUAUAUUGAAAUUUUAUCAUUGGUAUGAGACUCGUAAUCAUUUAUGGGUAAUAUUGGAGUAUUGUCCAGGAGGAGAUCUCAUGGCAUUAAUUGAAGCAGAUUAAUAAGGAUUAUAAGAAAACAUAGUUAUGCGUUUUGUAAGAGAUAUGGCAGCAGGAUUGAAUUAUUUGCAUUCAAAAGGAAUAAGUUAGUUUCAUGAAUUUAUUUAAUAGUCUAUUGUGAUUUGAGACCAUCCAAUGUUUUAUUUAAUGAGUACGGUGUGGCAAAACUAAGUGAUUUAGGAAAUGCAAAGCGUCUAGUUGAUAUGAUUUCAGCAACCAUUGGUCCAGAUGUUGAAAUGUCUAAAAGAGGAUCACCUUAUUAUAUGGCUCCAGAAUUAUUUCAUGAAGGUGGUGUAUAUAGUUUCUAAAGUGAUUUAUGGGCCUUAGGAUGUAUUGCUUAUGAAUUAUGCAUUGGAUAAGCCCCUUUUUAAUGUAGCAGCUUUACUGAAUUAGUUGAAUUAAUUCUUAAUGCUGAAGUUAAACCACUUGAAGUUUAAUGUUGGGACUUUAUCAAAGGGUAAAAUAAAUCAUCUUAUUCUAGAUUAUUAGAAAAAGAUCCACUAAAAAGAUGGGGUUGGGAAAAAAUCUGCAGAUUCUUAAAUAUCUAAUAUUUGAAUGUUCCAUCUCAACCACAUUUUGAAACCUGGUGCAAAAAAAAUAAUCUAGUUAGAGUUACUCCUGUACAAUAAAACAAUAAAUAAGUUGACAUUGUUAGGCUAUCCUUAAAUGUUCAUAAAAAUAUGUUAAGAGAAGAUGUUCCUACCAGUUCUUAAUAAUAAUAAUAUCACAAAUAAAAUACCAGCAAUGAUAAAGAUUUUAAAUUAACUAAUAAGGAUUAAGAAAUUUUGAUUGGUUCAGAAUAAUAAUAAGAAGAUGAAGAAAUUGAUAGAACACCUGAAGAAUAUUAAACUAAUGUCUAAUCUGAUCUCAAUUCUAUCAAUUCUCCUCAUUUAUAAUAGAAACCAUUUACUAUUAAAAAAGAUUCAGUUCAUCCAUCUACUUAAAGUCUACUUAAUUAGUCACCUAUUCCAGGUGGAAUUACUCCCUAAUAAAAAAAGGCAAAUGAUAAUGAUUAAUUAACUCCAAUAGAUUAAUUAUUUACUCAUAGUUCUGAUAAUUCAGUCAAACCAAUCAUUGGAAAUAGAGAAAUUGAAAAAUCUACUGAUGCUACCUUUACUAAAGAUUCAUUACCUUUUUAAUAUAUUAAUUCAGAUGAUGUUAAUCGAAACAUAGAAACAGAUUAAAUAGAAUACCAUUUUGAAUAAAUAUAUAAUUCAUUACAAGUAGCAAAAUAAUAGGAAUAAUUAAAUAUUCUAAACUAUUUUGAACAAAUAAUUUAAACAUCAAAUGCAGCUAAUCGUUUAAUUAACUCUGCCUAUAUUUAAUUAUUAUUAAAAUUAUUGACAGUUAGUAAAUUAACAUAACUAAAAUAUCGAAUUUGUUGUGUAUUAGGCUUAUUAAUUCGUCAUGCUACUGUUAUAGAACCUGAAGUUUCAUAACAUGGAAUACCUGAAGCUAUGGUGGAAAUAUUAAAUUCUAAAGAAUAGAGUAAUGUUAGAAGAAAAGCAGCAGCAGCUUUAGGAGAAUAUUUAUUUUAUGGAGCAACAUAAAUGGAAGAAGAUCCUCAAAAUCCUUUUUGGAAAAUGAGUAAUCUUAGUUUCAAUUAAUUGAUAAAGAUUAUAAAAUCUUAAAAUGAAGAUGAAAUUGGUAUUUAAUUGAAAUAAUUUAAUUAGUAAAAUUUUAUUGUAUAAAAACAAUUGAGAAUAUAUCAUCUUAAUCAAUAUCAAUAGGAUAAAGAUUUGCUAAACCAGAAAUAGUGUUAAUGAUUCUACAAUGCUUUCUGUCAACGAAAAAUGAUAGCUUAAGAAUCAGUUGUGCAAUUACAUUAGCGAAUCUAUUAAUGUUAGAUAAUCAAUAAGUUGAUGUAUUUAUGUAAAAUCUUGGAUUAAAAAGCUUAGUAUCGGUAUUAAUAAAUUUUACUAAAAUUUUAUAGAUAUUUUUGGAUAACUUACAAAGAGUUUAAUAAGCAAUGAUAACAAUAUUUAAUAUUCAUCUUUUGCAAAGUGUAAGCACAUAAGAUUCCUCAAACAAUAAUGUAUCUUAAUUGGCCUCAAAUGCAGUCAAUAAAUUAUUGAUGGAAGAAUGUAUUAUACGAUUUCUUAUAAAUAUUAGCUUAAUUAAUAAAAGGGUUGGUUUAUUUAUUGGAUCAUGGUAAUGCUGUAAGUAGAGGAAAGGCAGCAAUUGCUCUGAUGUUGAUGAUUAAAUUUAAUAUUAUCACUCUAAUUAAUUUAUCAGAAGAGUAAUUAAGGUUUUAUCAAAUUUUGGAUAAAGGACUCAGAGAUAACAAUGAUUACUUAAAAUAAUGUUUAUCACAUUUGGUGUAAUAAUUGUGUGAUUGCACUCCUAUAAUGAUAACCUAGAUUAAUUAAUCAUUAAAUGAUUCAUAAUUGAUGGAAUACUCUCCAAAGAAAACUAAUGGAAAUUAUUUAAAUGUUUUAUUCUAAUAUUCACAAACACCAGUUUUAUAACAAUCAUUGUUUUCAUCGUAAUAUUUACCAAUCCUAACAGAAUUAUUGUCAUUAUCAAAAAAUAAAACUUAAAUUUAAACAACUUUAUUGAACAUUAUGUCUAAAAUGUGUACAAACUCAAAAAUAUUAUUAAAAUAGCAAUAGGUUAUUAUUCAAUAAGUACUAAAAAAUUGUAUAGAAUAUAUGAUUAAGUAACAAAGUACUGAAACUAAAUUUAUGUUUUUGAAAUUAAUCAUAGAUUUGUUAAGUGCAUUAUUAUAGGAAGAAGGAAUAUAUGAUUAUCCUAAUUUUUUAAAACCUUACUCAAAUGAAUUAAAUAAUAUCAUAAUUACACUCAUUUUACCUUUACUAAAGGAAUUAUUUUAAGAAUAACCUCCAUUGCCAUUUUAUGCUCUAAAAUUAGCAUCAAUUCUCCUAACAUACAAUUCACUCUUUCUCCCUCAUUUUAAAAAACAUGAAGUUCUCUAAGCUAUUUUAGAUAUGUACAAACCAGAUAGUAAUAAUAUUACUGGUCACACUUUAAAUAUAAUUCAAAAAAUUGUAGAAGGAAGUACAAUAGAAGAUCUAAAACAAUUUUAAAUAAUUGGUAUUGAUUAACUAUUAAACUUUAGAUAAAUCAGUUUAAAUAUUUGUUUAAUUUACAAAAUAGAAGUAAGAGUGGGCUUUCGAAGAUCUCUCUUCCAUUAUGGUUGCAAUUACAACUAAAAUAAUUAAUGAAUUGUAGCGAGGAAAUAAUAAAAUUGUAGUCAGUCCAGAUAAUACUUUAGUUCCUUAACCUUUUCCUCAAGAAUUCUUAUUUUUUUAGGAUCAGUUCUAUUUCACUCUUCAAUAUGCUUAACAAUUAAUAAAUAUUUCUACUCCAGGAUGUCAAUUAACACUAUUAGCAUAUAUUUUGCAUUUGACAUAUUUUUAUCCAGGAAAACUUUCAUAAAUUAGAUAGCAAUUAUUUAAUUAAUUAAUUCCAUUAUUAUGUCCUUAACUAAAUAAAAGAAUUAUUAAGUUAUUGCAUUGGAUAGUUGUACUAAAUGAAUAAAAACCAUUUAAGAUUGAAAAGAAAGAUAUCCUAAUUUAAGUUUUGGAAAAAUAUUAAAAAGAAGACAAAUCUAUUGCUAUGGCUGCUAAAGAUUUAAUGAAAUAUCUUCUUUGA